CGGAAGUGGCCGGCCUGAAAGCGCUGGCGGCUCAGUCCGUCGGCCCGUCGGUCCGCUCGUCCGCUGCCAGUGCUGAGCGCGCCUAGGCCGUGGUCCCCGUCCCUCCGUGUCUCCGGCCCGAAGCGGCGGCCGGGCGCUCACCAUGUCGUCGUUCAUCUGGGUGCAGCUGAAGAAGACGUCGGAGGUGGACCUGGCCAAGCCGCUGGUGAAGUUCAUCCAGCAGACGUACCCGAGCGGCGGCGAGGAGCAGGCCCAGUACUGCCGUGCGGCCGAGGAGCUGAGCAAGCUGCGGCGCUCGGCGCUCGGCCGCCCGCUGGACAAGCACGAGGGCUCGCUGGAGACGCUGCUGAGAUAUUAUGAUCAAAUUUGUUCCAUUGAACCCAAGUUCCCAUUUUCUGAAAAUCAGAUCUGCUUGACAUUUACGUGGAAGGAUGCUUUUGAUAAAGGUUCCCUUUUUGGAGGAUCUGUAAAAUUGGCUCUUGCAAGCUUAGGGUAUGAAAAGAGCUGUGUGUUGUUCAAUUGUGCUGCCUUAGCUAGCCAGAUUGCAGCAGAGCAGAACCUGGAUAAUGAUGAAGGAUUGAAAACGGCUGCUAAGCAGUACCAGUUUGCUAGUGGUGCCUUUUUACAUAUUAAAGACACAGUUUUAUCUGCCUUAAGUCGAGAGCCUACUGUGGACAUAUCUCCAGAUACCGUUGGAACCCUCAGUCUUAUUAUGCUGGCCCAAGCUCAAGAAGUAUUUUUCUUAAAAGCCACAAGAGAUAAAAUGAAAGAUGCCAUCAUAGCUAAGCUGGCAAACCAGGCUGCAGACUACUUUGGUGAUGCUUUCAAGCAGUGUCAGUACAAAGAUACUCUCCCCAAGUAUUUUUAUUUCCAGGAGGUAUUCCCCACCCUGGCUGCAAAGCAGUGUAUCAUGCAAGCAAAUGCUGAGUACCACCAGUCCAUCCUGGCCAAGCAGCAGAAGAAGUUUGGGGAAGAGAUCGCAAGGUUGCAGCAUGCAGCAGAACUGAUUAAGAAUGUGGCCUCCCGUUAUGAUGAAUAUGUCAACGUGAAGGAUUUUUCUGACAAAAUCAGCCGUGCCCUUACCGCGGCAAAGAAGGAUAACGAUUUCAUUUAUCAUGACCGUGUCCCAGACCUUAAAGAUCUGGAUCCUAUCGGCAAAGCCACCCUUGUGAAGCCCACCCCAGUCAAUGUACCCAUCAGCCAGAAGUUCACGGAUUUGUUUGAGAAGAUGGUCCCUGUGUCUGUGCAGCAGUCUCUGGCUGUGUUUGGUCAGAGGAAAGCUGACUUGGUUAACAGAUCAAUCGCUCAAAUGAGAGAGGCCACUACUUUGGCAAAUGGGGUAUUGGCUUCCCUCAACCUUCCAGCAGCAAUUGAAGAUGUGUCUGGAGACACUGUACCUCAGUCUAUACUUACCAAGUCUACAUCUGUAGUUGAACAGGGUGGCAUCCAGACUGUUGACCAGCUGAUAAAGGAACUACCCGAGUUACUACAAAGAAAUAGAGAAAUCUUAGAAGAGUCUCUCAGACUGCUGGAUGAAGAAGAAGCAACUGACAAUGACUUAAGAGCAAAAUUCAAGGAGCGCUGGCAAAGGACUGCAUCCAAUGACCUUUACAGGCCUCUGCGAGCAGAGGGAUCCAAAUUCAGAGCGGUUUUAGAUAAGGCUGUGCAAGCAGACGGAAGCGUGAAAGAGCGCUACCAGUCCCAUCGAGACACCAUCGCACUUCUGUGUAAGCCGGAACCCGAGCUGAAUGCCGCCAUCCCCUCUGCAAAUCCAGCAAAGACCAUGCAGGGCAGCGAGGUUGUAAAUGUCUUAAAAUCCUUAUUGUCAAGUCUUGAUGAACUAAAGAAGGAAAGAGAGGGUCUUGAGAAUGACCUGAAGUCAGUGAAUUUUGACAUGACAAGCAAGUUUUUGACAGCUCUGGCCCAGGAUGGCGUGAUAAACGAGGAGGCUCUUUCUGUCACUGAGCUGGAUCGGAUUUAUGGUGGCCUAACUACUAAAGUUCAAGAGUCUCUCAAGAAACAGGAGGAACUUCUAAAAAAUAUACAGGUUUCACACCAGGAAUUUUCUAAAAUGAAGCAGUCUAACAAUGAAGCUAACCUGAGAGAAGAAGUUCUGAAGAACUUGGCUGCUGCGUACGACAAUUUUGUUGAACUUGUGGCUAACUUGAAGGAGGGCACUAAGUUUUACAACGAGCUGACCGAAAUAUUGGUCAGGUUCCAGAACAAAUGCAGUGACAUAGUGUUUGCACGGAAGACAGAAAGAGACGAGCUCUUGAAGGAUCUGCAGCAGAGCAUCGCCAGAGAGCCCAGCGCCCCUUCCAUCCCUCCUCCAGCAUAUCAGGCCUCACCAGCAGGGGGACAUGCCACGGCUCCGCCAACUCCUGCUCCAAGAACCAUGCCGCCUGCGAAGCCCCAGCCUCCAGCCCGGCCUCCACCUCCGGUGCUUCCUGCAAACCGAGUCUCCCCUGCUGCGGCUGCUGCUCCCACAGGGGCAGGGGCUGCUUCACCAGCACCAACACAGACCCCUGGCUCUGCUCCCCCUCCACAGGCUCAAGGACCACCGUAUCCUACCUAUCCGGGAUAUCCUGGGUAUUGCCAAAUGCCCAUGCCCAUGGGCUACAACCCCUACGCAUAUGGCCAGUACAACAUGCCGUACACACCGGUGUACCACCAGAGCCCCGGACAGGCUCCGUACCCGGGACCCCAGCAGCCUACCUACCCCUUCCCUCAGCCCCCUCAGCAGUCUUACUACCCACAGCAGUAAUGCUGCCACGUGCUGGCGGGUUCAGACCGAGGGACAGGACAGCAGCCGCCUCAGUGUUCCAAGCCAUGUUCCGGUCACUCAAGCGGACUUUGCUCUACCAUUGCCGUGGGUAAUUUCUGUCUGUGGCUAAAAGCCGAAGCUGGGCCCCACUCCCACAUUUGAUCACACCCGUGAGAUUUUGCUGCUGUUGCAGUAUAAAUAUUAGGUGUAAUAGCAUUUGAAAAAAAUUACAGUUCAUAAAACGUUGAAAAUGAGAAAUUAAGCCUGCAAGUGAAAUUAGCAUACUUUAUAAGAUGCGGUUGGAACAAAGAUGGCUUAAGUACUGAUAUUCAAGAAAAAGUUUUCUUUCUCUUUUGGUUUAUUGAUUUAGUUUCAUUUCUAUUAUGAUAUUUUGCAUAAUCAAGGCAUUGUAAAUCUUAUAAUUUAAAAAUAAAUUACUUAAGACCAGUUGUCAUUGCUAUGUUUUGUCAUUGACUCUCAUUGCUGUCUUAAGUCCUUUCUGGUAUUAGUCUCUCGUUUUGUCUGUUCACAGGUUAAAUGUGCUGUGUUGAAUGCAAGAGCAGAGCCGGUUUGCAGUCAGGGUCAAGGUUGCAGUAUGAAAGCGCAGAGCUUAGCUCUACCUUCAUCUGCAUGUGCUGAACAGUAAGCUAAUUUCCAAAAGCACAUAAUGUGGGAGACACAACUGUUACCAAAGAUUCUCCAAAUAAAUAUAAAAUUUGUUUCAUUGUUAGUUUUCCAGGAAAGUGGUGCAGGUUCUGGUGGCAGCUCAUUUGCCCAGCCUUAAUCUGGUUAAAGUAGGUGGCUGGCGUUGACAGUAUGGUCUGAUGUGGUAGAAAAGCCCCCUGUGCCUUUCUUUCUUUUUGUUUUUGGUUUUUACGAGACAGGGUUUCUCUGUAUUGUUUUCGAGACAGGGUUUCUCUGUAUUGUUUUCGAGGCUGCUCUGUAGACCAGGCUGGCCUUGAACUCAGAGAUCCGCCUGCCUCUGCCUCCCGAGUGCUGGGAUUAAAGGCAUGCGCCACCACCGCCCGGCCUCCCCUGUGCCUUUCUUUCUCUUCCCUGGUCCCACCUGUACUUACCCUGUGAUGUUUAAUGCUCAGUGUCUGUGAACAGGUCUCAACCCUUCCUUUUAAAAUUUCUUCUUAUGAAAACAAUUUUUUUUUUGUGGCUCCUGAGCUGAGGUUAUUUUGUAAUUGAGGGAGCAAUUCAGCAGGACGGUUGCUGGGGACAUGUGCCGAGUCUGGGGUAGGCUGCAUCCUCACGAGCGCUCUGACAACGCUUAGUUGCUGUACAGGCCUCAGUGACAGUGAGGAGAUGCACCCUGGACCAGAAGCCGUGCAGGAAGGACCUCAGGGUCUCGGUGGGCUCUGUCCGUGUGAGGCUUUCCAACAUGUUAGGUGUGUGAGCAAACUCUGAUCUGUUUGUUUUCUGAGUUCAAUGCUGACCGUUUCUUGCAUUAUCAUCUCAUUUAAAUGAUACUGUCACACAGUCCACUGUUGGGUUCAUUGACAAUUUAGGCUGAUAUUUAAAUGUAAGACUGAAGAUACGAUUGUAAAAGGGAGUAAACUGGUUUAAACAAAUGUGUAUUUUAAAUCACCUUACUUUGUUGUAUGCAGAAAACACAAAGAUGUGCCACUUUCCCACAGAUGACUAUUACCUGGAAUAUGGACAUUGACUUAAUGUCUGAUAGCUAAACCUUGGCAAAACUAAUGGUUAAACAUAUCAUUGCUCAGCUUCAAUGCUUUGGAUUACUCAGUGUAUGAGGUGUUUUAUUUGAGUCCUCUGUAAAUGCAUUUAAUUUCUAUAUUCUCCCCACUUGAGUAUCUUAAUACUGACAAGACAUCCCCUGAGUUAGGGAGUUCCCAUAUUGCUAAACUAUACUUCUUACCGAUGCAAAACAGCCACCCCACCCCCCCAAAAAAAAAGAAAAGAAAAAAAAGGCCUGAAUAUUCUCUUGGGGAUGGGGGUGGAGGUCUAAAGGAAAGGUUGAGCUUAUCAGAGAACCAAGGGGAGGAGGGGUCAGGCCAGCAGCCAUUCCCUCACUGCACCGGCUAUUGCUGUGGGGUCACAGAGGAAGGAGGGUCAGUGCGGGAGGGGAGACCCCAGGCUCUGGGGCCGCCCCUCUCGGUGGCCUCCUAGCUCAGCACCUUAGGGAAGCCUUUUGUGUGGCAACCCCCCUCUUGCCAAGACUCCCUCUUGCCAAGACUCCCUCUUGCCAGGUCUCGUCCUUUAAGUUGCUGAGGGUGUCCUACUGAUCUGCAGUGCUAGUUUGCCUUUCUAAGCCUGUCUAGUUCGGCAGAGGCUGAUGGGAAGCCUCUUUGUGUGCCUACUGUCCUUAGAAGAUGAGGUGGUGGCCCUCACUGGGGUGGUUUGCCAACGUACCAGCCUGUGCUCGGUUUGCCGUGCUCUUCCGAGUGUACUAAGGGAGUUACUAGGCACGAUGCCGUUUACUUGGAGGUAGAAGGUUCCAUUCUGACUCAAGUAUGUUACCCCACGUUUACGAUUAGACUUUCUGUUGCUUCUUACAUUAAGGUACCCACCCUCGGGUCAUUUAUGUUGGCUUCCUAAGUCUAUUAUGAAAUGGUUUACCUGCCAGCUUCUGGAACUUUGCCGGGAAACCAGUGCGAAGCAGGGAAAAGUCAUCCAACUUGGAUUUCCCAUCCUCGGAUGGCUUGACCACUGAAUGUGGGGUCAGUCUCGGAGCUAGAGAGCCAUUGCUCUGCUUCUUGUUCUUGUCCUUCGUUGAGAAAACCAGUCACAUGUCACUCAGUAUACAGCAAGCAGUCUCUCUGAGACACUCCUGCACCCUUGCAAUCCCAGUGUGGGCGUCACGGUUGUAGUCCCACCUCUGGCCCAACCAGCUACCCUUUUAGUCAGAACAGAUUUUUUUCCAUUGAGCUUUACAGUUCGCAAACAUUCCUCUGUAUACAUUUCCUAAUUUCAUGAACAGGCUGAAAUAGUAAGCAGGCCUCAGUUUGCCAAUGGGAAUUUUUAAUCAGUGACUAGGGUAUCUUGCAACCUUGCUCCAGCCCCAUGGUGUGUCGUUCCUAAGGCUCGUGUAGUUGUUAGCUGACUCACACUGUAGAACAGGGCACAAGCUAGACCAAACCUUUGCAAGAGAAGUUAAAAUGGCUGGUUUAAACACAGAUUUAGAAUUAAGUGGAAGAGCAAAGAUGGAAAAUUAUAUUUUUAACAAAAGAGAAUAUUCAGGCUUUAUUUCUGGUAUGAAGUUUAUAUUUUUAAAAAAAAUAUAUCCUAUAUUAUCACACCAGAGAUUUUAGAUUCCUUUCUGGUUAUAAACAUUGCUGGUAGUUGGAUUAUAUUUUUAUUGUAUUCAUUUCUCUUAGGGGGAAAAUUGUAAAGAAACAAAAAGAUUCCGGAUGAAUGUAUCCUAGAAAUAAAAGUUGAAAGAUUCUUA